AUGGCGGAGGCCGAGGCUGUGUACCGCUACGAGUCCGGAAACAUCGCACAUGCACCCAAGAAGGAUUACGGUCCUUUAGACUUCACUGGCAAGCUUGGUGGGGGCCUGCGACUCGAUAUCCGCAGGCGAGCGCCGCUUUAUUGCAGUGAUUGGACGGAUGCCUUCAAUCCGGAGAACUUCCAGAAAUCGGUGUCGUCCAUCUUGUAUCUGUUCAUCGCAGCCCUUGCCCCUGCGAUUACUUUCGGCAGUCGGUUCCUUGACGGCACGAACGGCCAGUUCGGAGUGAUGGAAAUGAUUAUGAGCACAUGUAUCAGCGGUUUGAUCUUCUCAACAUUUUCCGGCCAACCCCUUUCGAUUCUUGGGGCUACUGGUCCGUUCUUGGCCUACACGCUUGUCGUCUAUGACUUGGCAGUUGCCGUGGACGUGGAAUUCAUGCCGUUUUAUUUCUGGACAUGCAUGUGGUGCUCCCUCUUCACCGUCCUGGUUGCGGUCUUCGAUUUGUGCGCGCUCAUGAAGCACGUGACGAUGUUCAGCGAAGACAUCUUCGCAGGAUUAAUUUCGCUGAUCUUCAUCAUCGACGGAGCCCGGCCAAUCAUCGAGAAUUUUACGGAAAGCAGGCUGACGCUGACGAACUGCAUGUUUGAAGCCCUCUUGUUCCUUUGGACAUUUGGCUUAGCAACAUACUUGUCCAGCUUCCGCCGAAGCCCCUGGACUUUCCGAUUCGUUCGCAACUUUGCGGCCAAUUUCGCAGUGACCAUCGCCUUGGUGAGUGGCUCCGCUUUGGCUGCCAUUUACUCCAACGACACAGGCCUGAGGAUGUUGCAGGUGGACGCAGACUUCUCGCCAAACUUGAGCUUGUCCGAUGGCAGCAAGCGGCCGUGGAUCAUUAAUCCCGCCGGCAUGGACCGCCCCUUCCCAGCUUGGGGCAUUGCUUAUGCGAUCCUUCCGGCGAUUGGCUUCGCAGUGUUAGGUUACCUGGAUCAGAAUCUCACCAGUGUGAUCGUGAACAGACCCUCCAACGGUCUGAAGAAGCCGGCUGCGUACCACCUGGACUUGUUUGUUCGGGGAGCGCUCACGCUGCCUGUCUGUGCUGUGCUGGGCCUGCCGCUGUCCGUGGCCUCCACGGUGCCGAGCAUCACCCACGUAAUCUCGUUGACCACUUACGAGGUGAAGCAGCUUCCGGAAGGAGAGCGCAAGGUGCCUACGAAGGUGGUGGAACAGCGUGCUACCAACUUCUUGAUUCACGUGCUCAUUGGCUCAGCACUCUUCCUGGCACCAGUGCUGAAGUUCCUUCCCCGGGCCGUGCUGCAGGGCGUGUUCUUCUACAUGGGAAUCGCGAGCCUGACCGGCAACAACCUCUUCGACCGCUUGAAGCUGUGGCUCAUCUGGGACCCGGCGAAGUACCCACAGUACCACUACAUCCAGAAGCUGCCCAUCAGCCGAGUGCACCUGUACACCGUCGUCCAGGUCAUCUGUCUUGGAAUUCUGUAUGGGUUGAAAGCUAUCAAGGAAACGUCGGUGGUGUUCCCGUUCUUCAUGGCCUCCCUGGCCAUCAUCCGCAAGGCCAUGAGGUUCAUGUUCACCGAGGAUGAACUGAAGCAGCUGGACGGCCUUCCAGGUGAGGACGAGGAGGAGGAUGCCUCGAUGUCGAAGCCGGACAUUGUGAAUUUGGAGGGGAAGGAGGUGAAGAUCAUCCCGCCGCUGUACAGCCUCGCUGUCGGCAUCGGUGAGGCCCUGCAAGGCAUGUUCUGGGCCCCCUUGGCACGUGACGUGCAGCUGCAGCUCCAUGCCGGUGUGGUCGUUUUCGACAUGGAGUGCAUACAUGACAACCCGAGAGGGUCAUACCAGGCAUGUGGCCUCGUCGAGACUUCCAACCAGUGGGAGUGGAAAGAAAGAUGCCAAAUUAUUGAGUUUUCAGCCAUCGAUGUCAUCACAGGCGAAAGCUUUAGCGUGCGAUGCCGACCGCAGUUCAACUGGCAGGACGUGAGGUCCCAUGCAGCGCGCCGCUUCGCAGAGGAUCAUGGCCACCGCGAAAUUGUCGAGGACAUGGGCUUGCCAUUCUUCGAGGAAGUUUGGCAUUCCGAGUUGGUUCCUUUCCUCCAGCGUGCUGCCGGGGGAACAGGGAACGUCGUGCUCCUCGCUCACAACGGAGCAGCGCUGGACGAGUUUGUUUUGAAGAAAGAGAUCUACCGUCUUCGCCUGGACAUGUCUUGGUGUCCACGGCUGAUGUACGCGGACCCAGUGGCGGCCGUGAAGCAAAGCUACGGCAAUCCGGCAGUGGCGGCGGAGUACCGGGGCCGGCACAUGAGCCUGGCCCUGGCGGAGAUGCAUCAGAGGUAUGUCGGCGAAUCGAAGCGAAAGUUCAAGGCGCACAACGCACUGGAUGACUGCCACAUGCUCCUCGAGGUGCUUUGCCAUGCGCCGUAUGUGGCAGACGCUUUGGCUGACCACAUUUGCCACAUGAUUGGCCUCUCGGUACCGCAUCUUGCUAGCAUGCUGCGCAAUCGAUUGGCAAACCCCUUGAAUGUCCGGGACCCGCUUCCAGCUCCCCGCAUAUUGGAGCACUGCGGGAAGCGGUACUUGUUGAAGCCCUUUGCCUUCCUUCCGGUGCCGCCUACGUCUGUGCAGAUGCACGUGCCAACACCAGUGCUAGCGCCAGUCUCAACUGCUGCACCGAUUGGGUCGCAUGUGCCUUCACCGCCCCCUACGCCACCACCAGAGAACACCAUGAUGCCACCACCACCACCUCCGGAUGUGCCCCCGAGCCCACCGCCCUCGCCGCCGACCUUAGCUCCGGCCAUGCCGCCAGCGGCACCGGUUGUGGUUGGGUCUCCUGUCCGCACCGUCUCGGAUGUGGAAGAUGACCUAAAGAUAGAGGAUCCGAAGGAGAAGCGGAAGAAGAAGGCGAACAGCCGUGGCGAUUGGUGGCAGCACGCCGGCGGCUGGGAAUAUCAAGGACGUGAAUGGUGGGCCUGGCCCCACUGCGCCUGGGAUUCCUCCUACGAUGGAGGAGAAUGGCACUAUCCAGCUUGGGGCAAAGGAGGCUACCAGCCCUCCGGAAAGGGCCGCCAGAGAGGCGGAACUGCCAAAGGCAAGAGUGGGAAGAGCAAGGCCAAAGGCGGCAAAGCCGCCUCUCCGGUGGUUUCAGCUCCUAUUCCUCCUACGACGCAAAAGCCCAAUGGUGCCGAGAGCUCCACAAAAGCUUUCAAGUUCCAGAUCCACGGAGAACGGCGGAAGUUGACCGUGCUCAUAUUCCUCUUCAUGCUGCUGUAUGCCUGUGCGAUUCUGACCGCCAGGUGCCUGGGCAUGUCUGAGGAAGAGAUGUCUGACGAAGGAUCGAAGGCUGAGGAAGUCCGUGUGAUGUUCGACGGGGUGAUGCCCAGCAUGUUCGUGCUGUUCGAGUCAAUCACCUGCUGGAGUUUGAUGGGGUUCACGCCGCUCUUCCGCAUGAGCCCAGGAAGCAGGUUUGUGGCAGUGAUCUUCUACAUCUUCGCGAAUUGGGGCCUUCUGGCGGUGAUGACGGGUGUCGUCAGCGAGAAGAUGAUGGCCACGAAGGAGCCCUGA